UCCCCCUCAGCCGGCCUAGCAUUGAACUCAUUCACUCUAAUUGGAUCAAAGUCAGUUGUCAGCUUUUUACCCGCAAGGUACUUCCGCGCUUUGAAGAUUUGUUUACAGUUCGCGCGCCUUUAGAUUUAUAGAAUCAUUUAUCAAAAUGUUGUUUCCUAACGAUGAAAAACUUUCGAAAUCAUCAGAUUCAGAAUAUAAAAGGUUAAUUGUACCCUAUGUUAAUAAGUCGUCGAGAUUUAUGCUCAAAUCGAAGAAUUAUGGAAAACAGUAUGCCCACAUUUAUGCCUCACGAUUGCGAGAGAUGACUGAAUUGCUGAAACCAAUAGUCGAGAAGAAAUGGGGAACAGAGUAUAAAAUUAAAAAAUUGUCGGAAUUACGUGAAGAAAAUCCUGAUAAGUGCGUGGUUAUUGGGACUCUGUUCAAGCAUCAGCAAUUGAAACCCAGUAUUUUGCGUGAAAUAUCUGAAGAGAACCAGCUUGCCCCGCAACCACCCCGUUCAAACUUUGUUGACGAAAAUGAUAAACUGAUCCUGGAAGAUGAAUUGCAGCGUAUCCGUCUACUCGGCAAAGUUGAGGUUCAUAAUUUGGUAACAGGUGUAGUCUGUGCUGUGCUAGGAAAAGACAGAUACAUUGAAACUGAUGGACGUUUUAUGGUCGAUGACAUUUUAUUUUAUGAGAGCGGACCUCAAAAAUCGUUGAAAACGCUAGAGGACUCGCCUUUGCUUGUUUUAAUUUCUGGACUAGAUCUGUCUUCAUCUGAUGGGCUUUCCAUGUCCUUAGAACUGUUUCAACACUGGUUGUUUGGUAAUAUUGAUGGAUACGGUAGUGGUAGCGACUGGGAAUCAGCAUCAAUAGUGAGAGUUAUAGUUGCAGGCAAUUCGAUCCGAACAACACCGGAAGUCAAAGAGAAAACUCUUCAAACUCGUGCAGCUGAAUCAACCAACACCCUAGACGCGGUCAAAAGUUGUGAUAAACUCUUUUCAAAUUGGUCAGAAUCGGUUUAUGUGGAUCUUAUGCCUGGAGAGUUUGAUCCGUCUAACUAUAUGCUACCUCAACAACCAUUGCACAAUUGUAUGUUCCCAGAAGCUUACAAGCAUAAAACUUUCCAAAGUGUUCCAAAUCCAUAUGCCUGUGAGGUGGCUGGCAGAGAUAUCGUUGGAACGGCAGGACAAAAUGUUAUGGAUAUUAUGCGAACAUCUAAAAUUGAUGAUCCUCUUGAGGCAUUGAAGUUGUUAGUAAAAUGGUCGCAUAUUGCACCAAGCAGUCCGGACACAUUGCCUUGUUAUCCAUAUGUUGAAGGAGAUCCAUUCAUUUUUAAAGAAUGCCCACAUGUUUGUUUUGCUGGGAAUCAGGAGGAGUUUAAGAAGGGAUAUUAUAAUGGUGAAAAUGGAAAGCAAACUCUAGUCGUGAGCGUUCCUUCAUUCAUCACAACAAAAUCUGUGGCUGUUGUUAAUCUUCGCACCCUCGAAUGUAACCAGAUGAGUUUUGAGGUGAAUGGGAUAGAGGAGUGAAUAAAACACAUCAAAUGUAAUAUAAUUCAUUUUGUAUUUAACGUUUCUCUUUUACUUAACAAUAAAUUUAAAUGACUUUUUUA